CCCCACCCAUUUUGAAAUCCAGAACCAAGAGAGAAACCUCUUCCCUAUUCAAUCCUCUCCCUUUUUUUCUUCCUCCAAUAAAAGCCAAAAAGAAAAGGCCAACCCUUUUGAAUUUUGAUGAUCUUACGCUCCUUCACACAUCUAUAAUACACACCCCAUCGACAUCUUCCUUUUAUAGUCUCCAAUAAUUCACAAGCACACAUCAUCCUUCAGACAAACGCGUCUCAAACACACCGGUCUAAUUUUAUAAACCGCCCCCUACUACUCACUAGCUAGCUCCAUCAACCCUAAAGCUAGAUCACCAUCAACCCUAAAGCUCACCAUCAACAAAGUCAAACAACAAAACACCACAGACCCCAAAAAUGAUAGAUCAAGACAGGCAAGGAGCAGGAGCACCCCAUGGAGUUCUACUCGUAGUUGUGGUGGUUUUGGUGAUAUUCGUCCCCUUCUUCCUCGGCGAGCAAGGCGAGGCCAUAACUGAAGGCAUCGCCGAGCUUCUCAGCCCCGUCGGGCUUCUCCUCCUCCCCAUCAUCCUCCUCCUCACCAUCCAGUUCUUGUCCUCGCCUCACGGCUCUUUUGUCUCUUCCAUCUUCUCCACCGGAGAGCCCAACACCAUCCACAGGGUCAGUGGCUCCCCGGUGGGCGUCGCAUUGGUUCUUCUACUCGUCUUGUUUCUUCUCUACAAUCGCAUGUCGAUCUUCGGUGGCGGCGACGAUGAUGAGUGAUUGACAUGUACCAUGAUCGAUCUGGGAUUUGUGCUCGAGAUUGUAUUUUGUAUACUAUACUCGGGUACGUACGUAGUACUUUUUCAUUUCGUGUAUCAACAUGAAAUAGGGUUUGUUCCUUUGUAAUUAGAGUGAAUACCCAGGUUACAAGUGGGAUUUCGGGAUGAUUAUAGGAGGGUGUUUUGGUUAUUUAUGAAUAGUUAGUCGCUGACUGGCUGUAGCCACUGUCGGUGCGCGGAGGCGCGUGUGAACGCGUGUUGCUGGUUUCAAUCUUACAGUAGACUUUUUGUCGACUUGGUUUAGUCCUCUGAUAUUAAUCUUUCACAUGGAAGCUCCUUUA